CGCGAAGAGCAUUGCUGACUUUCCUGUUUCUAUCCCCACCCUCCGCUCAGCCCGGAAGUGACGUGUCCGGGCUAAUUCAACGUCGCAGACAGUGCUUUCUCUAUGGUUUUCUCUCCCCCAUCUCUUUUCCUUCAAGAAGACUGGAAAUGGCGGCCGAGCAGUGAGAGCCGAGCAGGAGGCGUUGCCCAGAAAGGGUGAGCCAGGAAUUGAUUUGAGUCAACGAGGAACUUUAACAUCAUUUCCUAUUAACAAACAGGAUUGAAAGGUGUAAGUCACUGGGGAGAAAAUGGGUCGCUCUAAUACUAGAUCACAUUCUUCAAGAUCAAAGUCUAGAUCUCAGUCCAGCUCAAGGUCAAGAUCCAGAUCACACUCUCGGAAAAAGAGAUACAGUUCUAGGUCUCGCUCUAGGACAUAUUCUCGAUCUCGCAGUAGGGAUCGCGUUUAUAAUAGAGAUUACCGCAGAGAUUACAGAAAUAAUAGAGGAAUGAGACGCCCCUAUGGAUAUAGAGGAAGAGGCAGAGGAUACUAUCCAGGUGGUGGAGGUAGAUAUCACCGAGGAGGUUACAGACCAGUCUGGAAUAGAAGACAUUCCCGAAGCCCUAGGAGAGGUCGUUCACGUUCGAGAAGUCCAAAACGAAGGUCGGUUUCUUCUCAGAGAUCUCGGAGCAGAUCUCGCCGAUCCUACAGAUCUUCCAGGUCUCCAAGGUCAUCUUCAUCCCGGUCUUCAUCUCCAUAUAGUAAAUCUCCUGUCUCUUCCAAAAGACGUGGAUCAUCAGAAAAGCAAGCCAAGAAAACGGAGGCAGCUGCUUUGCAAGACAGCCCCUUAAAAAAUAAGUUGCAGGAGGAAGAGAAAGGUACAUUUGAACAUGACCCAUCUGAGACUCUAGAUGACUUCAAUAAAUCAGCAGCAGCUUCAGGUGAUAUUUGGCCUGGUCUUUCAGCAUAUGAUAACAGUCCAAGGUCUCCCCAUAGUCCUUCUAUUGCUUCUCCACCUAGUCAGAGUUCUUCAUGCUCUGAUGCCCACUUACUCAGUACAGUCCACUCAGCAAAAGACACACCUCAGCACUCGCAUUCCAUUCAGCAUAGUCCCGUAAGGUCUGGGUCAGGUUCCCUCGGAAAUGGUUCCAGUCGCUAUAGUCCUUCUCAGAAUAGCCCGCUGCAUCACAUUCCUUCAAGGAGAAGCCCUGCAAAAGCAACUGCAUCACAGAAUGCUCCACGUGAGGAGACUCGCACACGUUCUUUUUAUCCAGAGGCUGGUGACCAGGAAAGUGCAAAGGGUGCAAAAUUUCUGAAAAGGUACACAGAUGAAGAGUCUAGAGUAUACCUGCUUGAUAGGGGUAAUACUAGGGAGAAAGAUAACCAAAAGGAGCGAGGGUCAGAAAAAGGAAGGACAGAGGGAGAAAGAGAAUGGGAGGAUCAGGAAGCUUUGGAAUAUUAUCUGGAUAAAGAGUCUGGAAAACAAAAAUUUAAUGACUCUGAAGGGGAGGACACAGAGGAGACUGAAGAUUAUAGACAGUUCAGAAAGUCUGUCCUGGCAGAUCAGGGUAAGGGCUUUGCUGCAUCUCAUCGGAAUGCUGAGGAAGAAGGUUCCAAGUAUAAAUCUAAAAUCUCUAUCAAGACAAAUAGAGAAAGUGAAGUAUUUAGGGAAGAUAAGAGUUAUAAGCUUAAAGAGACAGCUAGCUAUGUAGUUGAGAGGCCUAGUGCACCAAAAGAUAAGCACAAGGAAGAUGAGAAAAUUUCUGAUAGAAUGAUGAAGAAAGAAACCCAGUCACCUGAGCAGGUAAAGUCAGAGAAGCUCAAAGAACUCUUUGAUUAUAGUCCUCCUCUGCACAAGAAUCUGGAUACAAGAGAAAAAUCUACCUUCAGGGAGGAGAGCCCACUUAGGAUCAAAAUGAUAGCCAGUGACUCCCAUCGGCCUGAAGUAAAACUUAAAAUGGCACCUGUGCCACUUGAUGAUUCAAACAGACCUGCUUCCUUGACUAAAGACAGACUGCUUGCUAGUACACUGGUCCAUUCAGUCAAGAAGGAGCAAGAGUUCCGAUCCAUCUUUGACCACAUUAAACUACCACAGGCCAGCAAAAGCACAUCAGAGUCAUUUAUUCAGCACAUUGUGUCCUUGGUUCAUCAUGUGAAAGAACAGUAUUUCAAGUCUGCUGGAAUGACCCUAAGUGAGAGGUUCACUGCUUAUCAGAAGUCUACUGAAGAGCAUAGCACCCGCCAAAAGAGUCCUGAAAUACACAGGAGGAUUGACAUCUCUCCAAGUGCCCUGAGGAAGCACACCCGUUUAGCGGGAGAAGAGAGAGCCUUUAAAGAAGAAACUCAGAAAGGAGAUAAAAAAUUAAAGUGUGACGCUGCUGACCUUCGACACGACAUCGACCGUCGUAGAAAAGAACGAAGUAAAGAACGAGGAGACUCCAAAGGCUCCAGAGAAUCCAGUGGAUCCAGAAAGCAGGAGAAAAUUCCAAAAGAUUACAAGGAUUAUAAAUCAUACAAAGAUGACAGUAAACAAAAAAGAGAGCAAGAACAUUCUCGAUCUUCCUCAACUUCCUCCCCAUCUUCCUCCUCAUCCAGUUCCCGAGAAGAGAAAGACUGCAAGAAAGAAAGAGACGAAGAGUUUAAACCCCAUCAUGACCAGAAAGAAUAUGCUGGUUUUACAGGAGUUGGAAGACCUAGAGGCACAUUUUUUCGAAUUAGGGGCAGAGGAAGAGCCAGAGGCGUGUUUGCUGGAACAAAUACUGGUCCCAGCAACUCAAAUACUACUUUUCAAAAGAGACCGAAGGAGGAGGAAUGGGAUCCUGAAUAUACCCCUAAAAGCAAGAAAUACUUCUUGCAUGACGACAGAGAUGAUGGUGUAGAUUACUGGGCCAAAAGAGGAAGAGGUCGUGGCACGUUCCAGCGUGGCAGAGGAAGAUUCAACUUCAAAAAAUCAGGUAGCAGUCCAAAGUGGACACAUGACAAAUACCAAGGAGAUGGACUUGUGGAAGAUGAAGAAGAAACAAUGGAAAGUGAAGACAAGGAAAGACGCAAAGAAGAAAAGGAAUAAUAAAUCUGAAGAUCAGUUGCGGCUGAAAAGGUUUAUGCGCCAUCUACACAGCAUUUUUAAUAUGACCUUUGUCGUCAAAUGAAUGUAAGCAUUUUACUUAAAUUUUACUGUUGGAGAGUAGUUUAGUUUUCUGUUUUUGUUUGUUUUAAUUCUUAAGCAAUCUCACUAACUAGUUCCUGUUAAUGAUUAUACAAAAACAAGUAGAAAAAGUAUAAUACUAUUUGUCAUGAUUGACUUUUAAAAAUGUUUAUUGUUUGUAAUAAGCAGUGUAACUUUGCUUUGUCCAGAAAAUAUGGUCAAAACCUUGUAUUUCCUUGCCCCCUCCACAACUGUGUUUUAUUCUAAAGUAAACCUUAGGUCUCCACAUCUAAAUCUCGAGGCAGCAUUUUUAAAUAAAUCUGUACUUAAUAGCAAUCCUAUGCUGGAGUAUUUUCCUUAGAUUUUUGUUUGUCUGGCUUAUGUUUAAAUUGUAGCAUAACAUACUUGGUGUGAUUUGGGGCGGAAGACUGACAUUUUGCUUAACGGUAAUUCAGCCACCUAAUUAAUCAACAUGUGGACACCACUGCAAGACUAAUGGUCUGCAAUCUGUUUUUACAAAACAUACUGUGGAUCAGGUUUGAGAACUAGAAUAAUUUGAUAUCUUUAUAUCCCAUUUUCUGAAGAAUGAGUGUAAGUAAGAGGUUUAUACAAGUCAGUGUUGGGAUCUUAUUAAUUCUUUCAUACAUUCACAUUUCUAGACCACGAUGGGAAUUUUCUUCUGAACAGAUCUAGAUCUGACAAGUAGAGCUGUAGCUUAACAGGUGCUACGUUUCUCCGUCCACAUACCCUUACUACUAAUGGGGAAAUGCCUCAACUGUUUGUGCAACAGCACUAAAAGUAGCUUGACCUUCUGCACACUCUUUUCUAACAAGAAGACUUGUCCUACAUUCCAAACCUUUAGGCGUCCGACAGAAAGAGGUAAAAUGUAGUGAAAAAAUUACAUUUAACACAAGCAUGUUUUCAGUGUGUUGUUCAGAGUUUAAAUGCAUAAUAAAUAUAGUCUUAUGUAAAACCCUUUAUGCUAUCCAUUUAUAACAUUUAAACAGUGUGUAUGAGUGUGAAAUUGUAUUAUUUACUGCAGGAAUACUAGAGGAAGGCUCAUUGUCUUCUGGUGAAAAGUGUUGGCCAGCGAAUUGAUGACAAUAUUGAUCCAGCUACCAAUCGUAUCACUCUUUCCCCCAGUUUGUAAAAUAAUCUCUCCAGUUUUUCUGUGGAUUUUCUUCAGAUAAAUAACCUGAAAAUGGGAUAUCUCCAUCAUGUUUUCAGUCUUCAGUGGAAUAAAGAUGUGAAAAUUUGAAAAA